GUGCUAAAGAGGUAAUUAUUUCAUAACAUAUCGUCGGAUCACCAGCUUGUCUUUAAUGUAUAGCUGAGUAAAAUCGACAUUGUUAAUCUACAGACCUGAGUCGAAACAGCCUGUUGUACGACCUGAGAGUCUACUAAACAGAGUCUACGAUGGCCUCAGCUCUGGCUAACAGAGCAAUAGGAGCCAUUGUUGGAUCAGCUGUUGCAGAUUCAGCAGCCAUGCCCCUCCACUGGGUGUAUGACCUCCAGAAGCUGCAGGGGAUUCUGGCUCAGGAUCCAAACCCUGAAUUCCGCUCUGAGUCCGCCAACCCGUUCUACAGGAGGCAGACAGGCCAGCAGAGUUGCUAUGGAGACCAGGCCUAUGUCCUGCUGGAGUCCCUGUCUGAAUGUGGAGGCCUAAAUGUUGAUGAUCUGAAGCAGCGCAUACUGAAAUUCUUUGGGCCUGGAUCAGAGUAUGACACACCGAUCAAUGAUCCCUACAGAGAGAGAGGAGGGCCCAGACCACAGCUGCCCAUCGAGGGACCAUGGAGACAUGCAAGUCUAAAGAGCUUCCUGAAGAAUGUGGAUGCAGGCAAAGAGGAGACAGGAUGUGAGAAUGACUGUCAGAUUGAUGGAAUAGCCAAGAUGGCUCCUGUUGUGGCUUUUUAUGCAGGGAAGCCUGACAUGUUGGAAAAGGUUGAGUUGGCCACCCGUGUCACCCAGAACAAUGAUGAAUGUGUGGCAGAGACUCUGGCAGCAGCAAGGAUCCUGGAGCAUUUCAUUCUGAACGGCCCUGAUCCAAAAGCCUUGGACAAAGUGCUCGGUCAGCUCAGUGAUAAGAACAGAAAGCAGCCUCAGGACCUGGACAAAGCAGUUAUUGGUCACCUUCAUCAGGUGAAGGACAAUUUAUCCAAGACUCCUCAGGAGCUAAUCCCCGUUGUGUUUCCAAACACCUGAGGUUUGCCUGGUGCGUUCCAAGCAGCACUGCAUGGAGUCCUGACAGCCAAACAGUAUGAGCAGGCUAUCAGAGAUACCAUGAGCUGUGGGGGAUGCACCUGCAGUCGAGGAUCGUUCAUUGGGGCUUGUCUUGGGGCUCAGAUUGGACUUGAGGGAAUUCCAUCUUCCUGGAUGUCCAAAACCCUGCGAUAUGACUCAGUGUUGGCACAUGCUAAGAAGAUAACCAAACACCACCAGUAGUCUACUGGCAGUGAAUAAGUUUUUACUAUCUGAAGUGGCUAAGAACAUCAUGAACAACUGUUGAUCUUUCACAGAACAAUGAAUGAAGGCUCUUGUCUAAACUGUUGGAUGGCAGGAGCCAGAUGGUUUUGUCUCUGUAAGUUAAACAUGUUGGUUCAGAUGUACUUACAUGAGUUUAUCUGCAAUAAAGUGAUUCUGAAAAUACA